GCUCUGCUGAAGGCAAACGUCCUUUAUCAGGCUCUGGCAGCCUCCCGCUCUCCUGCGAUGCCUUCAGCCCUUGACACCAACAUGAGGCUCAAGUUCUCGAUCACGGCUCUUCUUCUGGAAGUGAUCAUCAUUGUUCUGUUUGGGAUAUUUGUGGAAUAUGAAAACAGUGAUAAUUCUCUACCAUCAUACCCAUAUUUUCAGGAUGUCCAUGUGAUGAUAUUUGUUGGAUUUGGUUUCCUGAUGACCUUUCUGAAGAAAUAUGGAUUCAGCAGUGUUGGUAUCAACAUGCUUGUGGCUGCCUUCGGUCUCCAGUGGGGAACCCUGAUGCAAGGAUUUUGGCACAUGGAAGGAGGGAAAAUUCAUGUUAAUAUCAAAAGUAUGAUAAAUGCAGACUUUAGUACAGCAACUGCUUUGAUUUCGUUUGGAGCAGUCCUGGGGAAAACCAGUCCUCUUCAGAUGCUGAUCAUGACAUUGCUGGAGAUCACAAUCUUUGCAUGCAAUGAACAUCUAGUUACAAAAAUACUUCAGGCCAUGGAUGUUGGAGCCUCAAUGACUAUCCAUGCUUUUGGAGCUUACUUUGGAUUGGCUGUAACCCUAAUCUUGUAUCGUCCUGGCUUGAAAAACAAACAUGAAAAUGAAGAAUCUACCUAUAAUUCGGACAUAUUUGCUAUGAUUGGUACCUUGUUCCUUUGGCUUUUUUGGCCUAGUUUUAACUCUGCCAUUGCAUCUGAUGAAACUUUCCAGGUUAAGGCAAUUGUCAACACUUACUAUUCCUUGGCUGCAUGUACCAUCAUAACAUUUGCCCUCUCCAGCCUCGUGGAUCAAAGAGGCAAAUUCAGUAUGGUUCUCAUUCAAAAUGCCACCCUGGCAGGAGGAGUAGCAGUGGGUACUUGUGCUGACAUGUCAAUCCACCCUUUUGCUGCCAUGUGCAUUGGUGGCAUUGCUGGAAUCAUCUCUGUCCUUGGGUUCCACUUCCUUACUCCUUUGUUGUCAUCCAAACUGAACAUUCAAGACACUUGUGGAGUUCAUAAUUUACAUGGUUUACCUGGAAUACUUGGAGGUAUUGCUGGCAUUGUAGUAACUGCAAUAAAAGAGGAAGCUAGGCAAGGUGUCAUUUCUACUCCUGGAAUGCAGGCUGCUGCCCUGGGCAGUACAAUCGGAAUUGCACUGGCAGGCGGAGCAUUGACAGGUGGUAUUCUAAAGCUGCCCUUCUUGGGACAAGCAUCUGACCAGAACUGCUUUGAUGACUCUGUUUAUUGGGAGGUUCCAGAAGAGGAGAAACUACGUGAAAUUCACUCCAACAACUAUGAUGAGCACAGCAGAUUUGAAGCCAAUAUGUAGAAAAAUAAUUAAUCUGUAAUAUUUUUCCUAAUGAUGCUCUUUUCAGUUUGAAAUGCUAAAAACCAACAUCCGAGUAUUGUCCUAACCACACUAUGUUUUCAACAAGGAUCUAUAAAUAGCUAUAUUUUUGGACUAUAAUACAAGCUUGAUUUUAGAAUACAUAGUCAUAAUGCCAAGCUCAGGUGAAUUAAUUAGAUCCUUCCAAUUUAUUUGUUCAUCAGAAAAACCCACCACAAACUGCUCUACAAAUUUAUCUAUAUUUUACCUUUUGUCAUCACUGAGUCAAUAUAGUUAUUGAAACAACCUUUGUGUUUCAAGCCUACUACAGGAUACCAUAUUUAACUAAGAUUUCUGAGUUACCAUCACAUCCUUCAACUGUGUAGAGGUAAUCAAGAAGAAAUGGAUUGAUAUUGUUUAUUUGGAUUCCAACAAGCUUUUCAUCAGAGCAUCCCAGAUUAACUUUUUAAGAAAUCAUGUUUUCAUAUUUUCAGAUGGGGGAGAAAAUGUGCUGCAUUUUGAAUAUUGGUUAUGACAGGCAACAAAAUGUUGAAAUAAUUUCCAGGGUAAAGUACAGAAUAUAGUUAUAGAUAAGGUAUAUUAAGUGGCAAUAUGAGUAUCAAUAUUCCUUGUUAAUAUGUUUAUUGAAAGGGAGAAGAAAGUGAAGUGGUAAAAAAUUUCUUUAUUGUCAUGGAUUUAUUUAGACUCUUUCAAGGACACAGUAAGGAAACUGAGUAGGAGACAUGAAAAAUGGGUAUUUGCUUAAUAUGCCUUAUUACAUCCAACAGUAAUAAGUGGUUAAUAGCACUGUUAAUGUCAAUAUAUAUAAACUGAACUCAUUGCUAGCUCCAAGAUAAAGAGUGAGUUGCUAGCAACUGAUCAGAAAGCAAAUAUGUUCAACUCACUCAGUGGAGAACUGCCGUGUGGUUAGUCGCUACCUUUGAAGUCGCUGCCUCCUAAAACAAGACAAAACAGAAAGAAGAGAACUGAAGCUAAAUUAAGGUAAAUUAACUCCAUCUGAGAAGUGAUGAUAAUGUCAGCUCGAUUAAGAGAGAAAAAAAGUUGAGAUAUCUGAAGAAACCCUGUGAGAUGACAGUAGCCGGGAGCAGAGUCACACAUCUGUGCCUACCUAUGUGAGGUAAUCCAUUGAGAGGCAACGGAUGGGAGAUGAAAAUCUAACAGAAGGAUCACAGUGCCUCUAGGCAUCAUUCAGACACAGAAAGCUACCACUCAUGUCUUAGAAGGACAAUCUACAGUAGAUGAACUUUCAAGACUUUUUUAUAUUAGCAUCUUAUUUCAUGUCUUAAUUAUCAGAUUUAAGGGAGAAACUCCUCUCAUAUAAAUUAGCACAGAUAUUUUCAAUUCUGCUGAUGUAUUUUUCCUUGAAACACUUUAGAAAGAUACUGGGCAGGGCUGUCCCAUGUGUUAUAUCAGUUGUAUACUGACAUAUAUGUCAUAUUUCUAUCUAUGAAUGAAAAUACAUCUGUUAUAACACACUUUAGUUCAGAUAUGUUCUUUUGCAGAUGUGCAAUGACUGACUCUUUUUUACCUUGUCGGCUAGAAGACAUCUUUUAUCCUUUCAAAGCUUUCACAUAAUAAUUUUUGUAAAAACUGAGAAGGUAUUUAACAAUGUAAAUAUUGCAAAUGUAAAGUUUUUAGAAGUAUUUUGUGCAUAAUAUAUGAAUUAUUGAAGUACUUGAAAAAGACUCCAUAUGUAGACAGACUGUAAAAAUGUCAUCCUCAAUACAUGAAGCUCAUCCUUCAAAAUCCUACUUGGGGAUUCAGAAGGUCUUUCAUUCACCUAUAGCUGUGAGAUAGUCUCAUUGAUUGUGAGUGUUGACCACAAAGGAAUACCUGAGCGAGAAAGUACCAGUCACUGUGAGUAAAUCUUUCAGAAUGAUGCCUUCAAUAGUUAUCUUUAGUUCUAUUUUUUUUUUUAAAAAAAAAAAAAAAAAAAAAAGAAAAAAGGAGGAAAAAUAAACUAUGCAGUUUUGUUCUCCAGUUCUCCUUAUAAUCUUUCCAUAGCAAUCUUUCCAGACCUUCAUCCACUAAGUACUCAUUCUUGUCCUCUGCCUUUUUUCAGAAGAUUAAUGCCCCAGGGAAAUCAGUCCUUCAGGUUCUCUCAAAAACAGAAUAGUGAAAUGGAUCCCUAUGCAUGGAGAUGUAUUCCACCUAACCUAUCUAUCAUUUUCAGGAAAUUAUGUUUCCUUUUUGACAAGGAAGUACCUUAGAAGUAGGGCCUGUGGCAAUAGGACAAGAAGUUAUGAUUUUGAUCUAAAAGACGGUAGAUCAGACUAGGUAUCAGUAAGAAAUUUUUUACAAUGAGAGUGGUGAAACAUUGGCAAAGGUUGCCCAGAGCGGUGUUACAUGCCCCAUCCCUGAAAACAUUCAAGGCUAGGUUGGACCAGGCUCUGAGCAACCUAUCUGGUGGAAGAUAUUCUUGUUCAUUGUGAGGGGGUUGGACUAGACGACUUUUAAAGGUCUCUUCCAACCCAAACCAUUCUAUGAUUCUAUGAAUCUAAGUCUAGCUUAGCCUGGGAAACUAUAUUUUAGAUGGCUGAAAUCAUGUGAGGAAUAUAUGACUUUAACAACUGGAAGAGGGCAGGAUGUGAUAAACUACAGACCAUUAUAUGAGAAAAUUGCUGGAUGUGACAGGAAACAAUAUAACACUCUGACAAGAAUUACAGAUAACCCCGUGAAAAAUUAAAAGUGAGAUAUAUGAGAAAUGGCCUAAUAGCACACAUAAUUGUAGGGGAAAAUUGAGGAUUUUCUGGUGAGCAUAACCUUUGAGAUGCCAGAUAUUAUCCUAUAAGCAUAGAUGAAAUACCACCCUCAGGUACAGAUGUAGCAAAUCUAAGACCAAACAAAAUUUAAUUAGUAGUAGCGAAAAAUGGGGAAGGCAAAGAGAUAAGAACAGGGACAAUGAGGCAUGCAAAAAAACCUGCAGUGAGAUCUGUCUGGGAUAUCUUUCAGGCAGUCCUUGAGAUAGAUCAAUGCAGCCCAGAGCAAGACAAUAAAUCAAAUCUCUUGUUUUGAUCAUCCAUGUGUGUUUGAUUUCCUCCUGUGGUCUUCACCCUGCUAUGGUAGAAAGAUACCGUUGAUGCACAACCCAAAAUUCACUCAUUCCCUAUGGUCAGAAGACUUAGACAAGUGCCUCAGCUCAAGAUAGGUGAAUCAAGGCCUUACAACCUGACCACAUUGUAUGAAAAAACUGGACACAGAAUUUUCCCAGCAUGUUUCAGUCUUUUUCCAGCAUGCUUCAGACUGCUCUUCACCCUGAAUAGACUCUCUAUGAAACAGAUGUUGCACAAUGAUGUCUGUGAUGGAGUCAUCAGAAAAUUAAAUACAGCAGUUGUUGGAUUUCUAAAUAACCAUUGUUUAAUCAGAGCUUCAAACAUUACUUUCUUUUCAAUGUAACUGUGCCCUUGAAGUGUAUGACUUGUUUCUGCUAAGGUUCUUUAACCUAAUCACUCACGUCCAUACUCAGAUGUCAGGUUCUCUGCCUUGGGAUAUUUUCUUUGGUUGGUUAUUUCUAAAUUAAAGCUUUGAAUACCCUGAA